UUCAUCUGUCAGAGGAGCUGGGCUGAAAACACGUCUGAGAGCGGCGCCUUUCAUCUCAGGAGAUCUCUCCUGAAAAUGUUUCCACAAUCAGGAAAAUCGAUUGUCUUCGACAACUUUCCGGAUCCCACCGACACCUGGGAAAUCAUUGAGACAAUCGGGAAAGGAACGUACGGGAAAGUCUACAAGGUUCUGAACAAAAAGGAUGGAAGCAAAGCAGCUGUGAAGAUACUGGAUCCCAUUCAUGAUAUAGAUGAGGAGAUUGAGGCAGAAUACAACAUCCUCAAAGCUCUGUCCGACCAUCCAAACGUCGUCAAGUUUUAUGGGAUGUUUUACAAGAAGGAUCUGAAAUGUGGCGAUCAGUUGUGGCUUGUACUGGAGCUCUGCAAUGGCGGCUCUGUGACAGAUUUGGCCAAAGGCAUGCUGAAAAGAGGAGAGAGGAUGGAGGAAGCCAUUAUUGCCUAUAUUUUGCAUGAAGCUCUGAAGGGCCUGCAGCACCUGCACAUCAACAAAACCAUCCACAGGGACGUGAAAGGCAACAACAUCCUGCUGACGACGCACGGAGGGAUAAAACUCGUGGACUUUGGUGUUUCAGCCCAGCUGACAAAUACCCGUCUGAGGAGGAACACUUCGGUAGGAACCCCCUUCUGGAUGGCCCCCGAGGUUAUAGCCUGUGAACAGCAGCUGGACUCGACCUACGACGCUCGCUGUGAUGUCUGGUCUCUGGGCAUCACAGCUAUAGAGCUGGGAGAUGGAGAUCCUCCUUUGUCUGACCUCCACCCGAUGAGAGCCCUUUUUAAAAUACCCAGAAAUCCUCCGCCUACUCUCCACCAAACCGAGCUCUGGUCAGAUGACUUUAAUGACUUUAUCUGCAAAUGUCUGAUAAAGGACUUUGAGCUGAGGCCCAACGUGUUGGACCUGCUGCAGCAUGUGUACAUCAAGCAGACCGUCGGCAGGGAGAAAAUCCUGCAGAAGCAACUGAUUGAACUCAUUGACCUCAAUCAGCAAAUUGGACUGAUUGAAAAAACAAGGCAUGAACGUAUUCACACAAAGAAAGGAAGCCACAUGAAGACGCAAGCCGACACAGACGAGGUGGACGACCUCGCCACCCUGGAGGUUCUGGACGAGAAUACGGUCACAGAGCAUCUGCAGAGCCGCUACACCAGAGACCAGAUUUACACGUAUGUUGGUGACAUCCUGAUUGCUGUCAAUCCUUUCCAUGACAUGGAGAUUUACUCUCCUCAGCAAACUAAGAUGUAUAUUGGCGCCAAGCGCACAGCAAACCCUCCACACAUCUUUGCGGUGGCGGACAUUGCCUACCAGUCGAUGGUCUCAUACAACACUGAUCAGUGCGUUGUGAUCAGUGGGGAAAGUGGAGCAGGGAAGACGGAAAGCGCGCAUCUGUUAGUGCAGCAGCUGACCGUUCUUGGGAAGGCCAACAACCGUACACUCCAGGAGAAAAUCCUGCUGGUCAACAGUCUGGUGGAGGCUUUCGGAAACGCCUGCACCGUCAUCAAUGACAACUCCAGCCGCUUCGGGAAAUACUUGGAGAUGAAGUUCACCAACGACGGAACGGUGAUCGGAGCGCAGAUAUCCGAGUACCUGCUGGAGAAAUCCAGGGUCAUCCACCAGGCGAUAGGUGAGAAGAACUUCCACAUUUUCUACUACAUUUAUGCUGGUCUGGCAGACAAGAAGAAACUAGCUCACUACAAGCUGUCUGACUGCAAGACACCUAAGUAUCUUUACACCGAGAACGUGAAAUUAGGCCCUGACAUAGUGAGCAACGCCCUCUACAAAGAGCAGUUUGAUGCAGUGGAGCAGUGUUUCAAAGUCAUUGGAUUCACCCUGGAGGAGCUGGGCAGUGUUUACAGCAUCCUGGCGGCCAUCCUUAACUCUGGUGACAUUGAGUUUUCUGCAGUCGCCUCAGAGCAUCAAACUGACAAGAGCAACAUCACCAACAUUGCAGUCCUGGAGAACGUGGCGUCCCUGCUGCGCAUUCGGUGGGACGAGCUCCAGGAAGCCCUGACCUCCCACUGCGUGGUGGCGCGGGGUGAGACCAUCGUCCGGCCCAACACGGUGGAGAAGGCGGUGGAGGUGAGGGACGCCAUGGGGAAGGCGCUGUACGCCCGGCUCUUCAGCUGGAUUGUGAACCGCAUCAACGCGCUGCUGCGGCCCGACAGUCAGCCGGGAGAGGAUGAUAAGGGUCUGAACAUCGGCAUCCUGGAUAUCUUUGGCUUUGAGAACUUCAAGAAGAACUCUUUCGAGCAGCUCUGCAUCAACCUCGCCAACGAGCAGAUCCAGUUUUACUUCAACCAGCACAUAUUCGCUUGGGAACAGGACGAGUAUCUGAACGAAGAGGUCGAUGCCCGGAUGAUUGAGUACGAAGACAACCGGCCCCUCCUCGACCUGUUUCUGCAGAAACCCAUGGGGCUGCUCUCCCUGCUGGACGAGGAAAGCCGCUUCCCACAGGCCACAGACCAGACACUCGUAGAGAAAUUUGAAGACAAUCUGAAAACAAAGAGCUUCUGGAGGCCUAAAAGGAUGGAUCUUGGCUUUGGUAUUCAUCACUAUGCUGGGAAGGUGAUUUACAACGCCGCUGGCUUCUUGGCCAAGAACAGAGAGACACUCCCAGCAGACAUUAUCCUCCUGCUGAGGUCAUCGGAGAACGAGCUGAUCCGCAAACUGGUCACACAUCCUCUCACCAAAACGGGUAACCUUGCCCACACUAAGGGUAAAGGCGUAAACACACUGAGAGGCCCGCGGACGCCCCCGCGGACUGUCACCUUGGCUAAGCCAACAGAAGCUGGUGACACCCCGUACCAUCCGAGAGAAACUACCAACAUGAAGACGCAGACUGUGGCCUCGUACUUCAGGUACUCUCUGAUGGAUCUCCUGUCCAAGAUGGUGGCCGGGCAGCCUCACUUCGUCCGCUGCAUCAAACCCAACAACGAUCGCCAUGCCAACAAGUUCGACCGGGAGAAGGUUCUGGUCCAGCUGCGCUACACCGGCGUCUUGGAAACCGCCAAGAUCCGACGACAGGGCUACUCCCAUCGCAUCCUGUUUGCUAACUUCAUGAAGAGGUACUACAUGUUGGCGUUUCACGCUCAUGAAGAGCCGGCUGUGACUCCGGAGGCGUGCGCCACCAUAUUGGAGAAGGCAAAACUGGAAAACUGGGCAAUGGGGAAGACCAAGGUGUUCCUGAAGUAUUACCACGUCGAACACCUGAACUUGAUGGUGCAGCAGGCGACGCAGAGGAUUGUGCUGCUCCAGGCUUGUGUCCGAGGCUGGCUGGGAGCCAAACGGUACCGGAAGACGCUGAAAGAGCGAGAACAAAGCGCUCUGGUUCUGCAGUCAGCUUACAGAGGUCACAAAGUUCGGAAGAAAGUAGCCGACGAUAAAAGCAAAGUGAAGUUUGACACUUUUGUAAUGCAAUUUCAGGCUGUUUGCAGAGGAUAUCUGGCAAGAAAGAUGUACAAGAAGUUGGUAGAUGAGAAAAACAAGGCAGCUACCAAGAUCCAGGCUCGCUACAGAGGCCACAAGGAGCGUAAAAACUUUCAACGAAAACGGGAAGCCAAAGAGAAGGAGAAAGUGGAGACCGCUCUUAAAGAAGAAGCACCAGAACCUGCUGAUGAAACGGCGUCUAAAACAGAAAACAAUGAAGAAGAAGAAGCGAAAGCUGCUGUUGUUCUUCAGAGCAACUACCGAGGCUACAAAGAGAGAAAAAAAUUCAAGGAGAGAAAGGAGACGAUGGCCGGAGCGGAGAUGGAGAUACCAAAUAAAAACAAGGAGAAAACUGUUAAAGACGGAGAGGAAACUGCGGCUAGCAAUCAGGAGAACAACGAGGAAGAGGAUGAGAGCACCUACGAGGCGGAGGAGAACGAUGACAGCGAUAACACCCAGGUACCGGAAGACGAGGAAAACACGGAGGUGAGCGACGAAGCCGUGAUUCAGGACGCAGAAACCGGAAACACGAGCGCGCAGGGAAAAUCUCCAGAUGAAACUGCCAAUCUAGAAGAGGAAACUAAAGCAGCGACUGUCAUCCAGAGCAACUUCAGAGGCCACAAGGAGAGGAAGAGGCUGCAGGAGGAAGGCAAGGUCCCAGGUAAACAGCAGAAGAAGGCAGAGCCAAAGACUCCAGGUGUUUCUUCUUCUGGUGAUGAUCCCGAUGAGACGAAGGCAGCAGUGGUGAUCCAAAGCAACUUCCGCGGACACAAGGAGCGAAAACGACUCGAGGAGGAAGGAAAGAUUCCCAGGAGGAAUAAGAAGGAAUCUAAAAACGAAGAGCAACUCGUUCCCGAUGAACAGGAGAAAGUUCCGGAGGCGGCGGACGAGGAGAAAGCAGCGACUGUCCUGCAGAGUAACUUCAGAGGACAUCGGGACCGGAAGAAGCUGAAAGCUGAGAAAGAAGCGCGGCAGAAAGACAGAGAUGGCAGAGCAGUUCCUGAUGAAGCGGAGCCGGGCGGGAAGGAAAUCGACGAGGCGCUGGAUGUUAGCGACGUGGCGAUCGAGCGCAAAGAGGAGGAAGAUCUGGAGAAGGAGAGGCGGGAGGAAGAGCAUGCAGCGGUGAAAAUCCAGAGCAACUUCAGAGGAUAUAAGGACCGGAAGAACCUGAAGGCCAACAGGGAGGCGGCCCGGACGGAAGCCGAGCAGCUGGAGAGUUUCUCCAAAGAGAUCGCGGAGACUUCCCAGGGCUUUGCGGCCCUGCAGCAGAAGCUGAAUGAGAUCAUCCAGGCCCAUCAAUCAAACCCUGAAAACAAUGGCAUGUUUGUGAGAGGAAAAGCAAUCAAUGGCUACGCCCCACAGAUUCAGUCAGCUGACAAGAGAUUUUCGAGAACCCCCCGCAGAACGCAGCAGCCAAAAACCCUGAACACACCAGAGGACUCCACUUACUACACGCUCAUUCAUAGAUCUGUCCAGGACGAUAAACGCAAACCCAGAAAAGAGGACCCGGGGAAGCUGCUUGACGUGGACGACCAGUACUACCACACCCUGUCCACCAACCGGCCUGAACCCUCCAGCUCAGCCAGGGGGACGCCGGAGAGGAGACAGUCUGUAGAGAGGAGACAGUCCAUGGAUCGAAGACAGUCCAUGGACAGGAGACGAUCCACGAUCCGCAGUCACCACGGGGACAGACGGCUGUCCGCGGACCGAAGGUCGGCAGGUUCUUGUCGACAGAUGAGAGAGAGGGCGGUCACUGAGCCCGAGCUUCCCAGACCCGCGAAACAAGACAACAGGCGCUCCGUCCCGCGGAUGUCGUCGACGGAGAGCCGAAGCGGAGACAAUCCGUACGACUUCAGGCACCUGCUGAGGAAGACGUCGCAGAGACGAAGGCUCAUCAAGCAGUACUGAACCGGGCCGGACUUUAUAACGGACCUGCAGCUUCUUCUGUCGCAGAUUUAAAACGUUUUAGAUCCCACAGGAGAACAUGCGUCACUGGUUUCUGAGAAUCAAAAAUAGAUUGUAAAUAAUAAACUUACAUGUAAUAAAAUUGUUGUAAAUGAAGAUGUAUUCAUGUUGACUAUGGAAAGUGUUCGUGUUGAUGCCCAUUUUCUUAAUUUUCACAUAUUUAUCUUUGGAAAAUAAGCCUCAGAUUUGUUAUGUUUUGCUGUCUUGAUGUCUUGUUUGUUAAUUUAAACAUAAAGUAUUUUUAAAAUUA